AUGCAGCUUUCACAGAAGUCAAAAUCAACAGACUUCAAUUCCGAAGGACGGAAGGGUACCUUCUUGCAUACUGGUUUUAAGUGGUCAGUUACAGCUGAUUUUGAAAGCUUGGCAUGGGAUCCACAUGUGGAACAUUCAUUCGUGGUGAGCCUUGGAGAUGGUACUGUUAAAGGCUUUGAUAUACGGACAGCCACGUCUGAACCAACUGCUGAGUCAAAGCCAACUUUUAAUCUCCAUGCACAUGACAAAGUUGUUUGCACAGUCUCUUAUAAUCCUUCAGUGCGUAAUUUUCUGGCCACUGGGUCGCAGGAUAAAAUGGUUAAACUUUGGGAUCUUUCAGAUAACCAACCUAAAUGUGUUGCAUCUAAGAAUCCUGAAGUUGGAGCUGUCUUUUCUAUUUCCUUCUCUGAGGACAGUCCCUUUUUGUUGGCUAUGGGAGGCUCUAAAGGGAGAUUAGAAGUGAGUGGGAACUUUGGAAUGUCUUGCUUUUUGUGUGGUAUACCUCCACCGUUUCUGGAGUCUCCCGAUUAUUUGGGAAGAACAUCAAUCAGAACAGAUCCUAAUCAGGAUCUUGAUGACCAAAUUUAG